AGUAUUUGCUCUUCUUCUUUGUUGAGAAUUUCUAAUCAGCGACGCAAAACUUUGGCUUUCUCAAUUCAGAACUCACUCUGAAACUCUUCUUCAUUCAACCUCUAAUAUCCCCUGACCCCCUCUCUUUCGCACACUCACCCAUAUCCACUAGGUAAAUUCUUCAAAUCUUCUCUCUCCCUCCCAUAUAUAUGAUGAUUAGCGUUACUAGUGUUACUGCAACCCAUAUCAAUGGCUGACAGUCCAAACGGUUUCUAGGUUCUUGACAUAUAUAGGUCCACGCUUUCUGGAUUUGGUGCUAAUUACGUUUGAUAUUUCUCUGCUCACCUCUUGUGGUACUUCCCAUCGUAUGUUAUUAAUCUCAUCCCGGUAAACUCUUCCAAUUGAUCUUCUCGAUCCACACCCAUUGCGAGUCUACCACUCAUUUUAUAUAUAUAUGCUUCUUUGUUGUCUGCAUCGACUUUGAUGGUUUCGAAAUUCAAAGUAUAAUGCAGAUCAACUUCAGUUUGGAAAGCUUCAGGCGACGAUAGGACCUGCGACGGAGCUCCGAUCUGGACGAAGAAACAGAGAUCUAGACGCCGGCGUUGGAGAAGGAAAGUGUAACUAGAUCAUCGGUGAUGUGCUAAGUCUUAUGUAGUUGAACAUGGCUGAAGUUGCAAGCAAUAAAGAGGGUUACUCCUACCAAGAGUACAAUGACACGCAAAAAAAUGUUUUUGAUUUGAAUACAUUUGUUGGAGACUUGAAUGUUGAGGAAGACACAAACAGUGAUGACAUAUCAUUGGAAGGACUUCAGCAAGAAUUAGAAGAAUGCAAAAAUGAUGAUGUAGUUGCAAAUAUUCUAUCCAAAGGCACAAAACUACGGGAAUAUACAAAGGGGGUGGAGAACAACAUUCGGCAAGUGGAAUUGGACUCAAUCCAGGAUUAUAUACAAGAGAGUGACAAUUUGGUUUCUCUUCAUGACCAAAUUCGUGAUUGUGAUAACAUUUUGUCACAGAUGGAAACACUUCUCAGUGGGUUUCAGACUGAAAUUGGUUCGAUAAGUUCAGAUAUAAAAAUACUCCAGGAGAAAUCAAUGGACAUGGGUUUGAAGCUUAAGAAUCGCAAGGUGGCUGAGUCAAAAUUGGCAAAUUUUGUUGAGGAUAUUAUAGUCCCUCCAAGGAUGGUGGACAUUAUUAUUGAUGGAGAGGUCAAUGAUGAGUAUAUGAGAACUCUUGAGAUUCUUAGCAAGAAAUUGAAGUUCGUAGAAGUGGAUCAGAUGGUUAAAAUGUCAAAAGCUCUAAAAGAUGUUCAACCAGAGCUUGAAAAACUUCGACAGAAAGCAGUUUCGAGGGUGUAUGACUUCAUUGUUCAGAAGCUUUACGCAUUGAGAAAACCAAAAACUAAUAUCCAGAUCCUUCAACAGAACAUUCUUUUGAAGUACAAGUAUAUUGUUACCUUUCUCAAGGAAAAUGGCAAGGAUGUGUAUGUUGAGGUUCGUGGAGCAUAUAUUGACACAAUGAACAAGGUUUUAGGUGCCCAUUUCCGGGCUUAUAUUCAGGCCCUAGAGAAACUACAGUUGGACAUUGCUACAUCGAGUGAUCUGAUCGGUGUAGAUACAAGAAAUACUAGUCUAUUCUCAAGAGGAAGAGAACCACUGAAGAACCGGUCUGCUGUUUUUGCUCUUGGAGAGAGAAGUAAAAUUUUAAAGGAAGUUGAGGAACCAGCUUUAAUCCCACAUAUAGCUGAAGCCAGCUCUAGCAAGUACCCUUACGAAGUCCUCUUCCGGAGCUUGCACAAGCUGCUUAUGGAUACUGCUACUUCUGAGUAUCAUUUCUGUGGUGAUUUUUUUGGGGAGGAAUCUAUAUUUUAUGAUAUUUUUGCCGGCCCAUUUGCUGUCAUUGAUGAACAUUUCAAUUCAAUACUUCCGAAUUGUUAUGAUGCUAUAGGCUUAAUGCUUAUGAUUCGCAUCAUACACCAGCAUCAGCUUAUUAUGUCAAGGCGACGGAUACCAUGCUUGGAUUCAUAUUUAGACAAGAUCAACAUUGUCUUAUGGCCUCGAUUUAAAAUGGUGUUUGACAUGCAUCUCAAUAGCCUAAGGAAUGCAAACGUGAGAACUUUGUGGGAAGAUGAUAUUCAUCCUCACUAUGUAAUGAGGCGUUAUGCCGAGUUCACAGCUUCGCUGAUUCAUCUCAAUGUUGAGUAUGGAGAUGGCCAGCUUGAUUUGAAUCUAGAAAGAUUGCGAAUGGCUAUUGAUGAUUUGCUGAUUAAGCUUGCCAAGACAUUCCCGAAACCCAAGCUACAAACUGUGUUUUUGAUUAACAACUAUGAUAUGACAAUUGCUGUGCUGAAGGAAGCUGGCCCAGAAGGUGGAAAAAUUCAAAUGCACUUUGAGGAGUUGUUGAAGAGUAACACUGCAUUGUUUGUGGAAGAAUUGCUUCUCGAGCAUUUCAAUGACUUGAUCAAAUUUGUGAAAACUCGAGCUUCGGAGGACCCAACUGCUACUACUGAGAAGCCUAUAACCGUUGGUGAGGUUGAGCCACUGGUGAAAGAUUUUGGUAGUAGAUGGAAAGUUGCCAUUGAGCUGAUGCACAAAGAUGUCAUCACCUCUUUCAGCAACUUCUUGUGUGGUAUGGAAAUAUUGAGGGCUGCAUUGACUCAGCUCCUCCUUUACUACACCAGACUCUCCGAUUGCAUAAAGAAGAUCGUCGGUGGCUCUGCACUCAACAAGGAUUUGGUAUCCAUAUCUUCCAUAAUGUAUGAAAUUCGCAAGUACUCGAGGACUUUCUAAGUACAUUGACCAACCAAGGACUCCAUUUUUUAUUUGAGUUUAAGCUUUUUUGGAAUUUGGAUCAACUUUCUGCAUUGAUUGGGCAAGGUUUGUUGUACCAGAUAGGAUUCUGAAUUUGGAUCAAAUUAUAAAAAGAAGUCCCUUAAAGCACUGGUAUUUGUAAUUUUUGACAAUUAACAACUGAGGGAGUUUGUUCCUGAAUUUCUGUACUCUUGUAAUUUGUUCUGAUUCUGAAUCUUUUAUUUUCAACGCUUUCUAAAUUUUAUUUAA